AUGGAGGACUUCGAGUGGGCAUCCGACUAUGCGGCGCUGUGCGCCCCGUAUUCAUUUUCGAUUGUCCUGGGUCCCCAUGGGAAGGAAAUGAGGGCCAAUGCUCCAGCAAAUCCAGGGCAGUCCCUUCUCGUAGAGUCCCCAAUUGUUGCUUGGCCUGUGAGGGCCUCAGCUGCAGCUGAUGCUUACACGUUCUGCGAAAACUGUCUUAAAAUCAGGCCCUUCCAGAAAGAACAAUUAUCCGACAGCAGCAACGAAAGCCAUAGAUGCAAGGUACGACUAUGCGGAACUUCUGCGCCUCGAAAUGCCACAGAUACAGAAGUACUCAGUACUGCAAAUGCUGUUCAAGCCGAAGACGGGCAGCAAGGGGAAGGAACCGUGUUGCCGCAAACACAAUCAGAAGCUUCUGAAGAAACUGGUGUUUGUAUGCAUGACGGAGAGGGCCACACUUUUUGGUUCUGCAGUUCCCAUUGCCAUCAGCAGGCAUUCGGCUGCCCCAUUCCUGUAGGGGAGGCAACUACGGAUCCAUUUUGCAUGCAGUCCCCUAGUUCCCGCAAACGCGGCAUGGACGGCUACCUCAGGGCCACACAGAGCAAACCUCCAAGCAACAGCAGCAGUAAGAAUCCUUCUGAUGUAUCAUCAGUGCGGCGUGUGUUUGGCUGGCAGGAGUUCUUGUCUCCUGAGGGCCUCCGUACCCUACGAGGGAAGGACCAGCGGCGACUCAAUGGGAGUUCUGGCCUUCCAGUAGAAGAGGACCACGAAAAUCCGGUUGGGUUAGAGGCCUUGGCGAGGGUUGUGGCGAGGAUUGCUGCAACAACGGCCAGUUUGCACGCAAUGGGUGGGUGGAGCCUAGAGAACGCGUACGCAGAAGCAUGCAGGCCAUUCUUGCGGCUAGCAAGAGCAGAGGCAACGGAGGCGCACAGUGCAUUCGAUUUGAGCAUCGCUUGCCUGGAUCUGCGAGCAGUUCUGGACAUGAAGAUUUCAGCAGUGCUUGGAUCUGAUAUUGCUACUGCGUUGCUGGGAAUCGAGGGCCUGGCAUUCCUCUAUGGGACACUCAUGCGGAAUGCACAGUCGCUGUUGAUGUGGGGAGCCACCAACGAGGGGAGUCUGAUGGUUCUCAGGGCCGCCGGGGUGUACUUACUGCAGGCGUGCUGCAACCACAGCUGCAUACCUAAUUGCUCUGUCGAGAACAUUGAAGAUGCAAGCAUCACAUUGCGAGCUGAAAGGCCAAUUGCCGAGGGAGACGAGCUUACUAUUUCGUACGUGCCCCUGUCGCUACCGCAGAAAAAAAGACAGGCGCUACUCGACAGCUACAGGUUUACCUGCGACUGUGCAAGAUGUGUGCAAGAGAGACAGCAAGACCAGCACCAGAGAGAGUAUCAAUAG